GCCGCCCCAGCCCGGCGGGGAGGAGGAGCAGCAGCACAGGCCUCCGGGCCCCCGCGCCGCCGCCCGCAGGACAUCACUGAUUCAUUUGCAACCUUGAAGAGUAUCUGUAGAAGAGGAAGGAAAAGAUGGGUGUGAAGACAUUUACUCAUAGCUCCUCCUCCCACAGCCAGGAAAUGCUUGGAAAACUAAAUAUGUUGCGAAACGAUGGACAUUUUUGUGAUAUCACUAUCCGUGUCCAGGACAAAAUCUUCAGGGCACACAAGGUGGUACUAGCAGCUUGCAGUGAUUUCUUUCGCACCAAACUUGUAGGCCAAGCAGAGGAUGAGAACACAAAUGUGUUGGAUCUGCAUCAUGUUACAGUGACUGGCUUUAUACCUCUUUUAGAAUAUGCCUAUACAGCCACUCUGUCAAUUAACACAGAAAAUAUUAUUGAUGUUCUAGCUGCAGCCAGCUAUAUGCAAAUGUUUAGUGUUGCUAGUACCUGCUCAGAGUUCAUGAAAUCAAGUAUUUUAUGGAAUACACCCAAUAGCCAACCAGAAAAGGGUCUAGAUGCUGGACAAGAAAAUAAUUCUAACUGCAAUUUCACUUCUCGAGAUGGAAGCAUUUCUCCAGUGUCUUCCGAGUGUAGUGUGGUAGAAAGAACCAUUCCUGUCUGCCGAGAAUCCCGGAGAAAACGCAAAAGCUACAUCGUUAUGUCUCCUGAGAGUCCGGUAAAGUGCAGUACACAAACAAGUUCUCCCCAGGUGUUGAAUUCUUCAACUUCCUAUGCAGAAAAUAGAAACCAGCCAGUUGAUUCUUCUUUAGCUUUUCCCUGGACUUUCCCUUUCGGAAUUGAUCGAAGGAUUCAGCCUGAGAAAUCUAAGCAGGCAGAAAAUGCACGGACUUUAGAAUUACCUGGGCCAUCUGAGGCAGGUAGACGAAUGGCAGAUUAUGUGACUUGUGAGAGCACAAAAACUACCCUGCCUCUGGGUACCGAAGAAGAUAUCCACGUCAAAGUAGAGAGAUUAAGUGAUGAGGAGGUGCAUGAAGAAGUGUCCCAGCCUGUCAGUGCAUCUCAGAGCUCAGUGAGUGAUCAGCAGACAGUGCCAGGAAGUGAGCAAGUCCAAGAGGACCUUCUGAUUAGUCCACAGUCUUCCUCUAUAGGCUCUGUAGAUGAAGGUGUGACAGAGGGGUUGCCUACUCUUCAAAGCACGUCUAGCACUAACGCUCAUGCAGAUGAUGAUGAUCGAUUGGAAAAUGUUCAGUAUCCCUACCAACUCUACAUUGCUCCUUCUACCAGCAGUACAGAACGACCAAGUCCAAAUGGUCCAGACAGACCUUUUCAGUGUCCAACCUGUGGGGUGCGAUUCACCCGUAUUCAGAACCUAAAACAGCACAUGCUUAUCCACUCAGGAAUUAAACCAUUUCAGUGUGACCGCUGUGGGAAAAAGUUCACCAGGGCUUACUCGCUAAAGAUGCAUCGCCUAAAGCAUGAAGGUAAACGCUGUUUCCGGUGCCAGAUAUGUAGUGCCACUUUCACUUCCUUCGGGGAAUAUAAACACCAUAUGAGGGUUUCCCGGCACAUUAUCCGCAAGCCUCGGAUUUACGAGUGCAAAACAUGUGGCGCCAUGUUCACCAACUCUGGAAAUUUAAUCGUGCACCUGAGGAGUCUGAACCAUGAAGCAUCAGAGCUAGCAAACUACUUCCAGAGCAGUGAUUUCUUAGUACCGGACUACUUAAACCAGGAGCAAGAUGAGACCCUUGUUCAGUAUGAUCUUGGAGAACAUGGUUUUGAAAGCAACUCCUCUGUUCAAAUGCCUGUGAUAUCACAGGUCUCCUCAACCCAGAAUUGUGAAAGCACUUUCCCCUUGGGGUGUCUUGGUGGUCUUGCAGAAAAGGAAGAAGUUGUUCAAGAGCAGCCAAAGACCAAUGCCUGUGCUGAGGCCACCAGAGAUGAGACCCCCAAAUCAGAGCUGUCAUCUAUAACUAUUGAGUAAUUUUGUGAUUUUGGCUUCAUUUUUGUUUUCAUUUGGGAAGUGCCUGUGCUUAGUCUUGUACAUUUAAAUUUAAUUUUUUAAACAAAAAAGAAAGGUUUGGAAAAGAAUUUCCUUUUUCACUUUGUAAGCCCAGAAACUGAUUUUUUUUUAUUUUUCUUAACUGAGACACUGCUUCUGUAUGUAUAUUAUAAUAACAUAAUAUUGAAGCAGAAUAGGAACUAUGAGUCUUCUGAGAACAAGUUUAUUUAACAUACGCCAGUUCUUCCUUCCAUUGUUAAAAGUGGGCUAACAACCAAUCAUUAGAUAAAGAAGAAAUCAGAUGGUUUCAGACCUUCUGGAUAUGAAAGGGUACAUGAGAAAAUUACUAAACAAUAUGAAAAUAGUCUGAGUGGAUAUUUACUCCUAUUUCAGGGUGUUAUAAACGCUAUUGUUUUGGAAGUAUUUAUGGUAAGCGUUCUUAAAAAUUAAGGUAAAUACUUCCAGAAUCCAGCAUCUUCUUUUCUUAAACUCUUACAGUUUUUUUUGUGGUAAAAUGAUACUGGGCAGGCAUUUCCUGUACCUUUAUAGUACCAUUCCAAAGGCAAAGAAGCAUGAUGGAGAGGAGUCAGGCUGAGAAUGAAAUUGCCAGGAAUGCAGAAUGUGGUAUGUAUAUCCCAGCUUUAUAGGGUCUCUUUUAAUACCGUUUUUCUUACUAAAAUUAAUGUUUACUUGGUCUUUGAAUGUUAAUAAUGGCUGGCUAAGUAGGUCAUUGCCCAGAUCAGUUUCUCCUUGUCCCAUCAACAGUACUUUCUCUUGCAUAUACUAUUGUGCUGCCAUAUAAAAGAAAAAUACUGAAGAUACUCUAUAUUUUAUAUGUAGGUUUAUGUAUUGUUGGGGAUGUUUUUGCUGUGCUGUGUGGACAUAAUAAAGAAUUCUGUGUUGAGGCUACAUUCUUAACCCAGCUAAGAUUGUUUACAAAAUCCUGUAUGACAGUGAUACCUUGUCCUUAUCCCAAAUAUUUUUAGACAUUGCUAAGUUUAUUAAUAACAGUAACUAGUCUUGACACAGUAUAAGCAAUAAUGUAAAAGAUAUGGGGGAGGCUAUAAAAUGAUCAUCUGUGAAUCAGAAAUUGAGAGAGUUGCUAAGAUUAAAAACUAAAACCUUAAAUUGACAAGUACUAACUUUUUGAUGUGAAAAUAAUGAAAAUUAUAUGAUAUUCUAGACUGGGACAUACUUGUCAUCUGGUGCCAUUAAAGCCUCUUUGAUCUGAA